UUAAAAGAUAUUUUGUGGUUAUUUGAAGUGAGGAGUUUUAAAUAAAAAUAGAGCGAGGAAAGAUAUUAAAGAUGGCACAAUUUGAUUUGACUUCAAAAAUGGGUCAGUAUUUAGACCGGCAUUUAGUAUUUCCAUUGUUGGAAUUUUUAUCAGCUAAAGGAAUUUACAAUGAAACCGAGUUGCUUAAAGCUAAAUUAGAUAUUUUAAGUAAAACUAAUAUGAUAGAUUAUGCAAUUGAUAUAAGAAAACAGCUAUAUCCUGAUGAGGAGGUUCCCGAAGAUUUGAAGCAACGACGCAUUCAUGUUGUCGCACAGUUACAAGAGCUUCAACAAGAGGUGGAACCAAUCUUACAAAUAAUGGGUGAUGAUGAAGUUAUGAAAAAUAUGGAGAACAUGAGAGAUUCUAAAACACUAAUUAAUUUUCUUUCAAAAGAUUAUAAGUUUGAAAUCGAAAUGAUUGAUAGUUUACAUAAGCUCGCAAAAUAUCGUUAUGAAUGUGGUAAUUAUUCAGUGUCUACAUCUUAUCUAUACUUCUGUAUGUUGGUAUUGCCUCCCAAUGAUAAAAAUUACUUGAGUGCCCUGUGGGGUAAAUUCGCUUCAGAAAUACUGGUUCAGAAUUGGGAUUCCGCAUUAGAAGACCUGAAUAAAUUAAGGGAAUACAUCGACUCUAGCCCGAAUCAGUUUGGAGGUAACAGUUUGCAAUUACUUCAGCAAAGAACGUGGUUAAUCCACUGGUCGCUAUUUGUUUUCUUUAAUCAUGCCAUGGGAAGAGAUUUAAUUAUUGAAAUGUUUUUAUACCGCCCGCAUUACCUUAAUGCCAUUCAAACUAUGUGUCCUCAUAUUCUGCGUUAUUUGGCAACUGCAGUAAUUAUAAAUCGUGGACGAAGAUCAGCUCUUAAAGAUUUAGUGAAAGUUAUUCAGCAAGAGAGUUACACUUACAGAGAUCCGAUUACGGAAUUCCUGGAGCAUCUGUAUGUAAACUUUGAUUUCGAUGGAGCUCGACAAAAAUUGCACGAGUGCCAAACUGUUUUAUUCAACGAUUUCUUCCUUAUAUCAUGUUUAGACGAAUUUGUAGAAAAUGCUCGUCUAAUGAUUUUUGAAACUUUCUGUCGUAUUCACCAGUGCAUCAGUAUUGGUAUGCUUGCUGAGAAGCUUAAUAUGAAUCCCGACGAAGCUGAAUGCUGGAUAGUAAAUCUAAUUAGAAAUGCUAGAUUAGAUGCUAAAAUUGAUUCCAAACUGGGACAUGUAGUGAUGGGAGCUCAACCUCUUUCACCUUAUCAACAAUUAAUUGAAAAAAUUGACUCAUUAUCUGUAAGAUCAGAAACGUUAUGUGGACUCAUAGAUAGGAAACUUAAGGCAAGGACGGACAUACGAUGGGGAAAUCAAGAAUUUUAAAUAAAAAAAUGUUUAAGUUAAGAUUUUGUAUUGUUCAGCUAACAGAAUAUUUGCUGUACAUUAAAAAUCUAUUUUUAUUAAACAACCAAUAAA